AAAACAUCAACACAAAAGAGAAUCCACCUUCAACCCCAACCCCUGAUCGAAAUAAAACGUGAAUCUCCUCUUGUUUUUUGUUUUUUUUUUCCUUAACCAAGUGAUAGACAAGCGGCGACCUGCUGAACACUUGACCAGCAACAGAACGACGGAGCUACAAAAGGAGCUGGGUGAACAACGAACAGUUUAUUACGGAAAAACCUGCCACGAUAUGCGACUCGGCCGUCCCCGAGCAACCUUCGAGCCUUCUACCUUCAACGUCUUCAUCUAAAAGUGAAUGAUGCUGAAAAAGGUCUUAUUGUGCUGAACCACUUAAUAUGCGAAUGGAUCCAAAGGCAGUAUCAUCUUUAACUGAAAAUGAAAGUGCAUUUGAUCACCGAUUUCAACGCACUGAUCAGUGGAUGCCUGUUUAUUCUUGGUUAGAGUCACUUGAUACAGAUGAGGUGGUAAAAUCAAAAGACAUUUUACACUGGCUUACUGAGAAUGCAGAAAUCAGAGAACAGUUAUCCUCAAGGCAUUCACGCUACCAUUUGAUGCAUUACAUAAAAAAGUGUCAUGUAAAAUUAUUAAAGAGAAAGGGGAAAAAGGUAUUGACACUCUCUAGCAGUUCAUGCUCAACACAGAUGCAUGAAAGUAAGGAAGAGAAACAGCUUUCUAUGAUUCAAUGUGCUGGUAGUAAUGUCAGCAGCCUACCAAAAGAUAUUGAAAUUUAUAAAGCAAAGCAAGAGGAAGCUGUCAGGAAAUAUGAAAUUUUGUUGGAAUUUGAGAAGCAACUUUUGGCUGCAUUCCCAAAGGUGAAAACGUAGAUAGCAACCUGGUGCAGCUGUUCAGUUAGAUGGUGGAGUCCUCUCCAUAUUCUGUUGUUUUCUGAGCUAAUCCUUUCUCUUCAAGAGUUACGUGCGGCGUAUUUCUCUUGGAAUGUGUUUCUUUUUAACAUGCCCUGACAUUACCACCUCCCAACUCCUUCCACCCUUUGAAGGUAAAAGUAAAAUCUCGACUAGGAUUGUUGACAUGAAUUCUGUACCUCUGGUUCCUAAUAUUAACAGAUUCGUAGUAUAGUUGGGUUGGUUUUGAUUUGGGAUUGUGUCCAUUCAUGUACCUAGCGACACAUAUUAUGGCAUUUGAUGAUGUCAUAUAAUAACGGAAACAUACAAUACAACCCUUAUACUACGUAUCCGAUUAUUGAAAUAUAUACGGAACACGUCAAUGUGCUCAUCAUGGAGCACGAUGACAUGAUAAAUGUUAGGAUUUUACUAUUUUCUUAGAUAAGAGAAUGGUGUCUAUUUAUUAUGCAAAUGUGCUCACCAUAGAGAACGUCGGUGGUUUAUGUAAAUGUACUCAAAAAACUAUCUCUAUGACCAGAUUAUUUAGGGGAUGUUUUUAUUGA